AUGCCUUCCUCUACAUCUGAAGACAUAACUGCCUGUACUUUUAUUGGCGGGGGCGUUAUGGCACGCUGCAUGAUUGAUGGCUUACUCGAUACUUACAAUAACUCUGUCGAGAUCCGGGUCACGGCACGCAGGUCUGCGCAUGUCGGAGAGCUCGCUACUCGCUACCCUACGCUCGUUGUCUCGCAGGGCAACAUAUCUCCGAUUCUUUGGGAUGAACCAUGGCAUAAGCUUGGCAAGACUCCUGCGGCCCAUGUUGUUCUCAUCUGUACCCAGCCAUGGGCCACCAGCGAUGUGUGCCAGGAUAUACGAUAUGUCUACUCGAAUUAUGGCUUUGAUCCAGAACCAACCUUUGUCACUAUGUGUCCUGGUAUUACUACUGCACAGCUUGAGGGCUGGCUUCCAAAGGGAGCUUCAGUCGUCAGGACCAUGCCAAAUACUCCGGUGGCAGUACGGCAAGGAGCGACGGCCCUGUUUGCGAAUAAGGUUGUAACGGCACAACAAGCUUCGGCAGUUGCCGAUAUUUUCCGCGCGGUGUCUCCACAGAUCAGCUUCAUCAAGCAGGAGGACGGUAUUGAUAUUGCAGCUUCUAUUUCGGGAUCGAGCCCUGCUUACGUUUUCAAGCUGCUUGCUAUCCUUGUUGAAGCUGGGGUUUCGCAUGGCCUGGCACCUGACGUAGCUGGGGCCCUGGUCAAGCAAUCAUGCCUCGGAGCUGCUAUGCAAGCCCUGCAGGACAAGAGAUCUCUCCAGUCACUAAUUGCUGACGUGUGCGUUCCUGGAGGCAGCACAGAAAAGGCUAUGCAGAGAUUAGACGAGGGAGAAUUUUCGGCAGUAGUUGCUGCUGCAGUGGAGAAAAGCCUUGACGCGAACCGAGCAAUGGGCAAGGAAUAG